GAUGGAAUGGGAAUGCGGAGCUUUGCUCCUCCGCUGCGAGAGGAAAUGGUGCGGGAAUGUCUGCAGCGUAGGGGGAGCAGAAAUGGGCGCUGUCACGUUGGCUUUUGUGGGAUAGGAUGAAGCCGAGCGCUCGCGUUUGUUGAACAUCCUGCCGGGGAGGAGCGCCCCCCUUUCCUGCCCACCCCCGGGGGACUGUGUGUGCGUGCCGGAGUGUCCCAGAGCCUGGAUGUGCGGGGAGAUGGGGAGUAUUGGUUCUUGGGAGGCUCUGGGACGUUUGAAAGUGAUUUGGAGGGAGCAAAGUCUGUGUCCGAUGGCCAGCGAGCCCCAGGCAGCGUGCGUGGUGCCCCAGGCUCCCUGCCCAGGAAUGAAGUGCUCUCCUGCUGAGGACUUCUCUCCCCAGGUGAGGCUGUCUGAAAAGAUCCCACCGGUGAAGCCUUGCUUCAAGAAGAAGCAGCAAGUGCAGAAGAGGCUGGACACACAAACUCUGCGGGCUCUGCGGCCGAUCUUCACCAGCCUGCUGGGAGCGGGGGCCUUGGACAGGGUCUUUGUGCCCCGAGGCCAGCGAGGUGGCCAUGGUGAUUUAUGUGAACCUGCUGUGAAAAAGACUCUGGACCUCGGUACCUCUUGCCCCCAGACAGAAAAUAAUGUGACUGUGCUGAUGCCAACAGCUCCAGAUGUGCAGGGUCAGCUGCCAGGAGCUCAUCCUUCCCCCAGGCACCCUGAGCAGGACUCCCAGGCAGGAGAGCAAGGAUUCUCCCCAGAAACUCCUGGAACUGCUGCUGAUAAUGGUAAUGAAUCAUUCCAGGAUCAUCCUUUGCACCCAAGUGCUAGUGAUGGUGCAGCUUGUCCUCUGUUCCCUGACAAGGUUCUGGAAGGCUACACAUCUGCCUUGCUCCAGGAGAACAGCUGUCCAGUGCAAUACAGCUUGACCCCAAGCAAUAAAUUCAGUGCUGGGAUAUUCCAGGAUAAAAGUGAAGAAGCUUCCCUUGACCUGGUGUUUGAGCUCUUGAACCAGCUGCAGUAUCACACGCACCAGGAGGAUGGGAUUGAAAUCUGUGUGGAUUUUCUCCAGGGCACUUGUGUAUAUGGCAGUGAUUGUCCCAAGCAUCACACAGUGUUACCCUAUCACUGGCAGGUGAGGAGGACAGCAACCCAGAGGUGGCAAAGUGUGACCAACGAUUCCCAGGAGCACCUGGAAAGGCUUUACUGCAACCCUGACAAUGACAAGAUCAAAGUCAAGUAUCGGGGCCAGGAGUUCUGGGUGGAUCUGAACCUCAUGAAAUUAUACGAAAGCGCAGAGUUCGACCAAAUGCGGCGCCUGUCCACAGCCUCCUGCCCCAGCUCCAGCUCCAGCUGCUACACGGUGUGGAAGUACUUCUGCAGGGACCACUUUGGCUGGAGAGAGUACUCUGAGCCCGUGGUGAGGCUGAUCGAGGAGGCGAGCUGCCGCGGGCUGCGCGAGGUGCGCUUCGUCACCUGGCACAACCAGUACAUCCUCAACAUCAGGGAUGGCUUCCAGCAGAACUCCUGCUUCCGCAGGGAGAUCAAGAGGAGGCCCCUGCUGCGCUCCUGCGUGCUGCUCACGCCCUUCCUGCAGACCCUGGGCGGCAGCUCCGCCGUGCCCUCCCCGUGCUCCGAGCCCGCCUCCGCACACCACUUGUCCCCAGCUGCUGUCACCUCUCCCAGCUUCUACCCCGAGACCUGGAUUGGAAUGGAUCCAGCUCAGGACUUCAUCCAAGUGCCUGUUCUGAAGGAAGACAAAAGCUAUAGAACCAUUUAUAACCUGUUCCACAAGACUGUGCCAGAGACCAAAUACAAGAUUUUGAAAAUCCUGCGAGUGCAGAACCAGUUCCUUUGGGAGAAGUAUAAAAGGAAAAAGGAAUACAUGUCCAAGAAGAUGUGUGGGCUGGACAGGAUCAUGAACGAGCGGCACCUGUUCCAUGGCACAUCCCAGGACGUGGUGGACGGGAUCUGCAAGCACAACUUCGACCCUCGGGUGUGCGGCAAGCACGCCACCAUGUUCGGCCAGGGCAGCUACUUUGCCAGGAAGGCCAGCUACUCACACAACUUCUCCAAACGCUCCCCCAAGGGCGUGCACUUCAUGUUCCUGGCCAAGGUGCUCACGGGCAGGUACACGGUGGGCAACCACACCAUGAGGAGGCCUCCGCCCGUGGAGCCCGGCAGCAUCACCAGCGACCUCUACGACUCCUGCGUGGACAAUUACUUCGAGCCCCAGAUCUUCGUCAUCUUCAACGAUGACCAGAGCUACCCCUAUUUUAUUAUCCAGUAUGAAGAGGUGAGCAGCACUGUCUCCAUCUGACAGCCUGUGCUGCUCCCUGCCACAAACCUGGCUGCAGUUUGUGUGGGGGAAGUUCAGUCUGGACGCUUCCUGCCUGCUGCAAUGACUCGGAAGAAAGGAAAUUUGAAGUGACCAACUGUGUGCUUGCUGGUUGAUUCCCUAUGUGGAAAUUGUACAUAUUUUUCCAUUGUUUAUAGUUGAAAAUUUGUGCCUUUUGUUAUAAAACACUGUUUAUUUAUGUCAGUAAAUGUUCAUGUUUCAGAA